CUGCCAUAUACUGCAACUUGCUGCUGCCCGGACUACCCUAGUGGAAGCCCCUGAAAUACUGCCACAAUAGCGUCAACGUGCCGUGUCGUGCCGCUCACCAAACACCCAUAACACCCAUAACACCGCCAACAUAACCUUUCCCACUCGUCAAACGCCAGUAUGAAGUCCUUCAUUGCUGCCGCUGGCCUCUUGGCCACUGCCAAUGCCUACCAGCCAGGCAGCUUCUUCCUUCGCCGCUCCAACGAGACUAUUCCGUCGGCCAUCCCCUCCAUUUCGGAUAUCCCAUCGCCGUCAGCUAUUCCGUCCGUUUCUGAUAUCCUGUCUUCUUCGGAUAUCCCAUCGGUGUCGGCUAUUCCGUCCUCUGAUAUUCCUUCGAUUUCCGAUUUCCUGGCUUCGUCCGCCAUUCCAGAGUCCUCGGCCCCGGCCGGUUUCACCACACUGACCGUCGAGGUUACCGAAGUAGCCACCAUCACCUCCUGCGCACCCACAAUCACCGACUGUGCUGCCGCGCUGCCUACCCUCCGAGAAGAGGACCUCGAGACUUUCAUCAUCACCCAAACGGUCCGACUGACCGAGACCGUCUGUCCCAUCACCGAAGUCGAGAAUAUCUCCGAGUCGGUCAUUCGAGAGCACGAGACCGGAACCCUUACCGGCAGCAUCAUCACCUCUGAGGCUCCCUCGGCCGUCCCGUCCCUAUCCGAGUCUAGUGUGCCUCCCCAGACGACGACUUCGGACGCGAUCCCUGGCAUUGGCGAAGACGCUGCUGAGGAUGAGUGCCCGGCUGAGGAUGAGGACGACGAGGAUGAUGAGGACGAUGAGGAGUUUGAGGAUGAGUGCCCGGCCGAGGACGAUGAUGAGGAGGAUGAGGAGGACGAGGAAGACGUCGUCAUCAUCGACAAGACCGUUACCGUCGAGCCCAUCCCCUACCCCACCGGAAGCGCCCUUCCAUCCUCCGGCUUCGCUCAACCCACCGGCGCUGCGUUCGUCCGCCGCAGCCGCUUCCGUCCCGCGUACUAAGCUGCGCCACGCAGCAAAGGACCAACCAGCCCCAACUCCUGGGACUCCAAGGACAAGCACUUCACAUGAGUGUGCGUAGAUUCUUAGAGACAAUGCGUGUCUUAUAUUUUCCAUACGCAGAGGG